AUGGCUUCUGAUCCCUUCAACCGCCCCAACAGCAGCUCCUCCUCUUUCAUCCUGGUGGGUGUCCCCAGCCUGGAAGCCUUCCCCACCUGCCUGGGCAUCCUCUUCUCCUCGAGCUACAUCAUCGCCUUGGUAGGGAACAGUGUAGUUCUGCUUGUCAUUGGGCUGGACAACUCCCUGCGGGACCCCGUCCAUUGCUUCCUGGGGAUGCUGGCGGUCAUUGACGUGGUGAUGGUGACGUCCAUCAUCCCCAAGAUGCUGAGCAUAUUCUGUCUGAGCUCUGCAGAGAUCGGUUACACGGCCUGCUUUGUUCAGAUGUUCCUUGUUCACUCCACGACAUCGGAGGAGUCGGGAGUGCUCCUGGCCAUGGCUGUCGACCGCUACAUUGCCAUCUGUCACCCUCUCCGGUACCAAGCCAUCUUGAAUCGCCAAACCAUUGCCCAAAUAGGCUUGGCCAUCAUGGUGAGAGGUGUCCUCUUCAUGGUCCCGUUGACCGGGAUGGUGACAAAGCUCCCGUACUGCCGUUCCCGCGUGGUUCCCCAUUCCUACUGCGAGCACAUGGCCGUGGCCAAGCUGGCAUGCACGGACCCCAGACCCAGUGGGCUUUACAGCAUGGCUGGCUCCUCUCUUAUCGUAGGGAUGGAUGUGGCUUUCAUUGCCGUGUCCUAUGGGAUGAUCCUGAAAACUGUCCUGGGGAAGAAAUCCUGCCAGAAAGCCUUCAGCACCUGCGGGUGUCACAUCUGCGUGCUGCUGCUGUAUUACAUCCCGGGGAUCGUCUCCAUAUACGCACAGCAUUUUGGCAGCGGCGUAUCCGUGCGCGCACAGGUUCUGCUGGCGGAUCUCUACCUGAUCCUGCCCGCCAUGCUGAACCCCAUCGUUUAUAGCAUGAGGACCAAGCAGAUCCAUCAGGCUGUGCGCAAAAUGCUCUUCCAGGAAGGUUCAAGCCUGAUGCAGUAG